UUGUUUGUUAUAUUAUGUCAAGUCUACAAAAAUGGUGCUGAAGAAACACGAGCUAGAAGGCAAAUUGGGCGAGGAAAGCCUCCUAAUCAAGAGCGGCGUGCUGCGAGACGAGAACCCUCUCGAUACAAGUGCAGAGUUCCACGAGUUCCUGCUGGCGUGUCGGCGUGGCGAUUUGAGAAAGUGCCAGGAACUCAUUGGCAUGGGCGUCAACAUCAACGGCAAGGACAAGUUUGAUUAUACGCCAUUGAUCAUUGCCAGUCUGUGUGGUCACUAUGAGCUGGUGCAGCUGUUAUUAGAGUCCGGCGCCCUCGCCGAGAGAAACACCUUCCAAGGAGAGCGCUGCAUAUACAACGCCCUCAACGACAGAAUCCGCAACCUGCUCCUCCAGUACGACUUCUCCAAGAGCUCAGACCCCUACGUCUACUGGUCCUCCCACAUCUCCAACCUCUUGGGCCGCUCAAGCCCCCAAACGGCAGACAUCUCGCUCGACGCCGAGACCCGGUCGUUCAACCUGCACAAGUUCCUGCUGGCCUCGAGAACCCCGUACUUUCGCAGGAAACUCGAGGCAAACCCCGAAACAGCGUCAUGGAAGCUCUCGUCGACCAUCCCCGUCGAGGCCUUUCAGAUUGCCGUCCGGUACAUCUACCUCGGUGAAGUCCCCAGAGAUCUUGCGCCCCCGGGGAGCUCCGCCACGGAAGAAGACGUCGCCAAGGGCCUCGACAAAAUCAGCAAGCUGCUUGAAAUCGAACAGCUGUGGGAGGCCAUCCUCGUCGGCAACGACCGUCGCUUGGCUCGCCAGCGGUACCAAGACGAAGUCGCCAGAGCCCUGGGCCAAGUGACCGACUUCUUCCAGCAAAGCGUCCUCGCCCACAAAAUGGUCGUCGACACAGACCGCGUCGACCAAGUCCGCUGGCGCCACGACAACUCCAUCUUCGCAGACAUUCUGCUCCGCGCAGACGAGCCUUCGGCCGAGGACACAGACGGCAUCCUCCUCGCCGCCGAUUCACCAUCUGCCAAUCAUACCAGCGCCGGCAUCCCCAUUGGGCCCUCUCAUGAAGUAACAGCAGCAGCAGCAGCAGAAAGCAACGGCGUCAAGAAGCCGAGAAAAUCCGUGCUGUAUCCCGCGCACAAGGCUAUGCUCAUCCGAAGCGAGUACUUUGACAAGAUGUUCUCGGGCGACUUUGUCGAGUCCAAGAAGUCGGACCAUCUGCACGUCAUCACCGUCGACUGCUCGCCGCCCGUGCUAGAGCUCAUCCUGUCGUUCCUGUACACGGAAAACGCAUCGUGUCCGCUUGAAUACGCUCUGGAUCUGCUAUACGCAGCAGACAUGCUCUUCCUCGACAGCCUCAAGAACAAGGCCGCCAUCGCAAUCAGCACCCUCGGAAGCGGCACGGCAAACCAAGUAGUCGAAGUCGAGCCCAUCAACAUCUACGACGUCAUCCACGCAGCCUGGGACCUCCGCGUCCAGCGCCUCGAAGAGUUCGCCGCCCGCUACCUCGCCCACCGCCUCGAGGACUACAUCGACGAGCCCGACUUCCACGAGCUCAUCCGCGAGAGCGCCGACCGCAUCCACAAGCGCGAGGAGACGGACACCAUUGAGCUGCUCGACGACAUUCGGUAUUACCUGUCCGAGCGGUUCAGGCUGCGCUUCGAAGAUGCCGGGCUGGAGGAGAUGAUGGAUGAGGAAGGGGAGAUGAGUGCCGAGGUGGUGGCUGCGCUGGUGAAUGGUUCGUCGGGGGAUGCUGCUGCUGCUGCUGUUAAUGCUGAUGCUGUUGGGGAGACGAAUGAGAAGAAGCUGGUAGAUGGAGGUGACGAGGGACAGGGGCAAGAGGGUGUGAGGACGUUGAAUGGAGAGGCGGCGGAGGAUGAGUUUGCAUCGGAUGCAAUCAAUUACCAGAUCUUGUUGCACAAGAUUGAUGCCAUGUUGGAGGGACUAAAGUUGGAUGCAUGAGGUUGCUAUCAAGAGAACAGGGAGAUGC